AUGUCAAAGCUCAUCCUACUCCUCGACUCGGGCACGUCCACCCUCGUCCGCCGCACAGCAGCAAAACAGCUCGCCGACGUCGCCCUCAAGACUUUCUCCUCGUUGCCACCCGACGACGCAUGGCCCGACGCCCUCGAGACCAUUGCCAAACUUAUCCCCCUCUUGCGAUCCCGCAGCUCCGAGACACGCAAUGCCGCUGCCAACGCACUGGGCCUCAUUGCCCAGGUCCUCCCGGCAUGGCAAGGUGCUGUCGCCGACGAGCCAUGCCCCAUCCCGUGCCCCGACGGCGCGUUCGAUGUGCCAUCUACAGUCGUUGGUGGCGAAUACCUGCUCGCGUCAGCCGGCCGCGAGUACAUUGCCAAGCCUGGACCUGCCGACCGUGCCAAGCGCCGCAAGGCCAUGAUGGGAGCAGUGGGUCUCGGUGGCGGCCUCGACCUCGGCGGAGACAUGGACAAGGUGCUCGACGACGCAGACGACAAGGAAGGCGUGGCGGGCAGUGCGUCAACACCGCCCUCGGCACCGUCCGGCCCGCCAGUGGACCUCUUUGAGGGCCUGUCGGCGCGCCAGAUCGCCAUGCUCAAGCGCAAAAAGGGCAACAACAUGGUCGAAGAAGCCAACAAGAUGCGUAGACUCAACGACAAGGCUGCGUCAGGCUCCGACCCCAACACACCCCGCACAACACCCAAGAACACGCCUCCGCGCGACGUCAAGCCCGACAUCAAGUCUGAACCGGACGCAGACGUCAAGCCCGACAUUAAGAACGAGGCGGUCGUCAUUGACCCCGGAGCGAAGAAGGCCGCCGCCGCCGCCGCAGCAGCAGCUGGCGGGGGCGCCGUCGAGCCGCACGAGUCCAAGGUGCUGAAACUCGACGCGCACCGCCACUCGCCUUGGUCGGCUGUCGUCGUCGAGCUCGCUGCAGCCCUCACAGACCCGGCAUGGGAGGUGCGCCACGGCGCCGCCCUCGGCCUCAUGGAGGUCGUUCGUUCCACCGGCUCGACCCUCGCUGUUGGCUACCCUGGUUUCCUCAGUGCGCUCGCUCGCCGCCUCCUCGUCCUCGUCUCGCUCGACCGCUUUGGCGAUUUCGUAGGCGACACAGUCAUGGCACCCGUUCGCGAGACGGCCGCACAGGCACUCGGUGUGCUCUUCCGCUUUGAGAGCGUCGACGAGAGCGCAGAGGUGCACGCCGCCCUCGUCCAGAUGGUCAACCAGCCAUGGGCCAAGCGCGGUAAAGAAGCCGAGGGCCGUCCUCGUGCUGAGCGCUUCUCGUGGGAGCUGCGACAUGCUGGUCUGCUCGGUCUCAAGUACGAGGUGGCAGUGCGGGACCCCCAGCCCAUUAUCCACGACGUGGUUGCCUGCACGCUUCUCGCGCUGCGCGACGCCGACGACGACGUGCGUACAGUGGCCGCCUCGGCUCUCCUCCCCAUCACAUCCUCGCUGGUGACCCUGGCCGAGCUUGACUCGAUUGUCGACACGCUCUGGGGCUGCCUCGGCGAGGGCACCGACGAGCUCGGCAGCAGUACCGGUGCGGUCAUGGACCUCCUCGGCGCUCUGCUGGUGCACGAGCAGGUCAUCGCCCUCAUGGCCCAGAGCGUGGACAGCCACGCGCUCAUUUCGCGCAUCUACGCGUUCAUCCGCCACCCGAUCGCCGCCGUCCGCCUUGCCGUGGCCAAGGCUCUCCUCGUUCUCGUCACCGUCCCCGCCCUCCCGCGCCACUGGAUCCGCGCCGACGUCCUGUCGCUUCUCUUCCAGAACCUCGUCCUCGAGGACCGUGCCGACAUCCGCGAGCUGUCUGCGCAGGCGUUCGCGGCGGCACUCUCAGAGACCAACCUCGACGAGACCGUCGGCCCCAGCAUCGAGGACUGGUACGCCAUUGUCAUGACCCCCGUUGGCUCGCAGCUGGACGACACACUGUUCGUCGGCCGCCGCGUGCGGGGCCACGACGUCGACAAGGCCAUGUUUGCCGGCGACAUGAGUCUGGUGUCAACCGACACAGUUCUCGAGACGCGCAUUGCGGCCGCCAAGGCGCUCGCCCUUCUCCGCCAGCACAUGCACUCGUUUGACGACCUCGCCAUUGUGCGCGGGUACCUCGGCGGGGCGUGCGCGCACCAGAUCUUCAUCGCCACCAAGAUUGUGCGCGAGUGGGCCGUCGCCUCGCCCGACGCCGCACGGGCUUCGGACCUGGGGUCUGUCCUCAUCCCGCUCCUUGCCCCGCGGGCGACCUACACUGAAAUGUCCACCAUGCUCAACCGCGUCCACUCCGAGGUCCGCGCCCUGUUCACCGCCUUUACCACCGAGGGCAAGGUGAAAAAGGACCGUAUCCCCGAACUCCCCUCGCGCGUGGACCCCCUCGGUGGCCCCGACGCGUUCACGCUCGACACGGCGCGCCGUGCCGUCGGCCCCACGUUUGAGGCUCUCACCGGCCUGCUCAAGGGCCCCAGCGGCAAGGGCGCGCUUGCCAACCUGCGCGACAGGCAGCGUAAGGUUCUGGCGUCUCUCGGCUUCUUCUCGGCCAUGAAGGAGCGGUUGGACAUCCAGGUGGCCGCGGGCGUGGCGGGCGCGCUCAUUUCGCUUGGUACCAUGCCGCCCAAGCUCGGACCGGUCGUCAAGGCCGUCAUGGACGGCGUCAAGAAGGAAGAGUCUGCGCUCCUCCAGGCCGGCGCCGCCGACAGUGUCGGUGCGCUCGUGGCAUACUGCUGCUCACCCGAGUUUACCGCUGCCGUCAACCCGACCGACAAGGUGCUCCGCAACCUGUUCACGUUCCUCAACUCGGAUGUCAGCGUCACCCCGGUCUUCUCGACCAACGCCGACGGCAUCCUGUCGCUCAAGGACGCGCCGGCGGCCCCGACGACGAAGAAGGGUGCAGCACAGGCUCCAGAGGAGACCGAGGAGCAGAUUGCCGCGCGGGUGACCCGUCGCGGUGCGCUUGCGGCCCUCGCUGCCGUGGCCAAGCGCUUUGGCCCGUCGCUCUUCGACACUGUCCCCCGCUUCUGGGAGUGUAUCUCCGCCCCGCUCCAGUUUGCCCAGCAGGACGUCGUCACCCUCGACGCGCGCCUUGUGCCGCAGGGCGACGUGGCCGGCGGUGGCCAGGACCUCGUCGACAGCCUCACGUCGCUCCGCCUCGUGGCCCCCGACCUCGACGCAGGUGUGCACCACCGCCUCGUAUCGCUCUUCCCGCCCCUCAUCGUUGCCCUCCAGUCGGCGUACACGGUCGUCCGCAACGGUGCGGCGCGUACCCUUGCCGCACUGUGCAACGUCGCCACGGUGGAAGGGAUGCGCGUCGUGGUCGACGACCUCGUGCCCCUUGUCGGCGACGCCGAGCGCGUGCACUCGCGCCAAGGUGCCGUCGAGGCGAUCCACCACAUCAUCAAGCUCCUCGACAUCAAGGCGCUGCCGUACGUGCUCUUCCUCAUUGUCCCGAUCCUCGGUCGCAUGUCCGACUCGGACGAGAGCGUCCGUCUCCUGGCCACGAGCACGUUUGCCUCGCUCGUCAAGAUGGUGCCUCUCGAGGCCGGUAUCCCGGACCCACCUGGCUUUUCGCCCGAGCUCCUCGCCAAGCGUGACGAGGAACGCCGGUUCCUCGCCCAGCUCCUGGACGGCUCGCGCGCAGAGCAGUAUGCUCUGCCGAUCGAGAUCAAGGCCGACCUCCGCCAGUACCAAAAGGAUGGUGUCUCGUGGCUGGCGUUUUUGGCAAAGUACCAGCUCCACGGUAUCCUCUGUGACGACAUGGGUCUUGGCAAGUCGCUCCAGACGAUCUGUAUCGUCGGCUCGAUGCACCACGAGCGCGCGGCGCGCCACAAGCUCACCGGCAGCGUCGACUCGGCACACCUCCCGACCCUCAUUGUCUGCCCGCCGACGCUGACGGGACACUGGUACCACGAGGUUCUCAAGUUUACCGACGACCUCAAGCCGAUCCAGUAUGUCGGCAACGCCAUGCAGCGCGCUGCGCUCCGCCCCACGCUGUCGCGCUACGACAUUGUCAUCACGUCGUACGAGAGCGUGCGCAACGACAUUGCCGAGCUGGGCCGCAUGAACUUUUUGUACUGCGUCCUCGACGAGGGCCACGUCAUCAAGAACCCCAAGACCAAGCUCACCCAGGCCGUCAAGCAGGUCCGGUCGCACCACCGCCUCUUGCUCUCCGGUACGCCCAUCCAGAACAAUGUGCUCGAACUGUGGUCGCUGUUCGACUUCCUCAUGCCGGGCUUCCUGGGCUCGGAGCGCGGGUUCAACGACCGGUUCUCCAAGCCCAUCCUGGCCGACCGCGACGGCAAGGCGACACCCAAGGAGCGCGAGGCCGCCACGGCCGCCCUCGAGGCGCUGCAUAAGCAGGUCCUGCCCUUCCUCCUCCGCCGUCUCAAGGAGGACGUCCUCGACGACCUGCCGCCCAAGAUCAUCCAGGACUACUACUGCGACCUGUCCGACGUCCAGAAGGCCCUCUACGACGAGUUUUCCCGCAGCAGUGCGGCCGAGGAGGCCGGCGAGGUCCUGGGCGGCGCCGACGACGGCAAGCCCCAGGGCCAGCAGCACGUCUUCCAGAGCCUGCAGUACCUCCGCAAGCUGUGCAACCACCCGGCGCUUGUCCUGCGCGACAACUCGUCCGCCCUCGCGACAGUGGAGAACAAGCUCGGCAAGGUGCCCUCGUUGCACGACAUUUCGCACGCGCCCAAGCUCGAGGCGCUCAAGCAGCUCCUCACGGACUGCGGGAUCGGGCUCGGCACCGUCCCCGCUGGCGGCGACAGGCUCGACGGCUCGGGCCCGUUCACGGGCUCGCACCGCGUGCUCAUCUUCUGCCAGCUGCGGCCCAUGCUCGACCUCAUCGAGACGGACCUGUUCCGCAACCACAUGCCGAGCGUGACGUACAUGCGCAUGGACGGCGCGACCGACCCGCGCAAGCGCCACGCCAUUGUCGAGACGUUCAACAACGACCCCAAGAUCGACGUCUUGCUCCUCACCACCUCUGUCGGCGGUCUCGGCCUCAACCUCACGGGCGCCGACACGGUCAUCUUUGUCGACCACGACUGGAACCCCAUGAAGGACCUGCAGGCCAUGGACCGCGCGCACCGCCUGGGCCAGAAAAAGGUCGUCAACGUCUACCGCCUCAUCACGCGCGGCACGCUCGAGGAGAAGAUCAUGGGCCUGCAGCGCUUCAAGCUCAACAUUGCCUCGUCGGUCGUCACGCAGCAGAACGCCGGUCUUGGAUCGAUGAACACGGGCGAAGUGCUCGACCUGUUCCAGGUCUCGGCCGACGGCGACAAGCCCCGCAAACACGCGCCCAACGCCGCUGCCGCUGCCACUGGAGGAUCUCUCUCAAAGGUGCUCGAGGGGCUCGACGACCUGCCCCCCGAAGACGAGUACGCCGAGCUGUCCAUGGACAACUUCCUCAGCAAGAACGCCUAG